AACCCAUUCACCCAAUCACCAAAUUCUCGCCAAAACAAUUAAAACAAAAAUCACUUUCAAAAACCGUAUCACACAAUUCAUGGCUUCGCGCGUCGGCAUCACUAAUACCUCUUCUCCUACUUAUUUAAACUCUUCACGUUUUCUAUCUCCUUCCAAAUUUUCCAAUUCCUCUUUCCAACCCCAAAACGCUGCCUCCGCUUCCAAUAUGUUCAACAAAUCGGUUCUUGUUACCGGUGGAGCCGGUUACAUCGGUAGCCACACCGUUCUUCAACUUCUUCUCGGCGGUUUUAAAACCGUCGUUGUUGAUAAUCUUGAUAAUUCCUCUGAAGUUGCAAUCCGUAGAGUCAAGGAACUCGCUGCUGAAUUUGGGAAUAAUCUCAACUUUCACAAGGUGGAUCUCCGGGACAGGGCUGCACUGGAGAAAAUUUUCGCUUCCACAAAGUUUGAUGCAGUCAUACAUUUUGCUGGAUUGAAAGCAGUAGGUGAAAGUGUGCAGAAACCGUUACUCUACUACAACAACAACUUGAUUGGGACAAUCACUCUGUUGGAAGUCAUGGCUGCUCAUGGAUGCAAGAAGCUUGUGUUCUCAUCUUCAGCCACUGUAUAUGGUUGGCCAAAGGAGGUUCCAUGUACUGAAGAGUUUCCUCUGUCAGCAGCGAAUCCAUAUGGACGAACCAAGCUUACCAUUGAAGAAAUCUGUCGUGAUGUCCACCGUGCUGAACCAGAUUGGAAAAUAAUAUUAUUAAGAUACUUCAACCCUGUGGGUGCACACCCUAGUGGUUAUAUUGGGGAGGAUCCUCGUGGAACUCCAAACAACCUCAUGCCAUUUAUUCAGCAAGUAGCGGUUGGGAGACGGCCUGCACUGACAGUGUUUGGAAAUGAUUAUAAUACAGUUGAUGGAACUGGGGUUCGGGAUUACAUUCAUGUUGUUGAUUUAGCAGAUGGACACAUUGCUGCAUUGCUUAAACUUGAAGCUGAUAUAGGUUGUGAGGUUUAUAACUUGGGUACUGGAAAGGGAACAUCAGUUUUGGAGAUGGUUAGAGCUUUUGAACAGGCAUCUGGAAAGAAAAUUCCACUUGUGAAAGCUGACCGUAGACCUGGUGAUGCUGAAAUUGUUUAUGCAUCUACAGAAAAAGCUGAACGAGAACUUAAGUGGAAGGCAAAAUAUGGAAUUGAUGAAAUGUGCCGUGAUCAGUGGAAUUGGGCUAGCAAAAACCCUUAUGGCUAUGGAUCUCCAGAUUCCACGGAUUAACCUCGAUAGUUACUAAAUAUACUAUACAAGUGUUCUUUUCUGAACUCUUACAUACCAAUCACCAUAGGUCCUGUGAGUUUAGUUUUUAUCUUGUAGAGUUAUAUAAAGGAGACAAGUACUUGUACUAUUGUGAUUUCUAGUUACAGGUAAUUAGGUAGUGAUUUACCACAAUAAUUAAUAGGUUAUAUAUCUAGGCUCCACCUUAUAGGUUAUGAAGGCUUUCUGUUUUGUAAAUUUAAACAACAUAUUUUAUUUAUAUACGACAUGAUUUAUAUUUUAUUUA